UUUUUUGCGUUUUAGGUGCCAAAAUUCGAUUCGGAAAUUUUUUGAAGUGAAGAUCCAUGGCCACGACAAUUUCCAUUCGCGAUGAAUGGGAUAACUACGCGGCUUCUGGAAAUAAACCCGCGCAAACGAGUACAUUUUCAUCAUUCCUCAAUGUCUUCAAGUCCUCUGGUGCAGGGGAUGGAGACAAGGAUCCUCUUGUGGACAAUCUGAGUCUGAACGAAGCUUCAUCGGAUAGUGAAUCGUGUUUUCCUUCAUUGACUCGCGUGCAGAGGUUCAUGGGAUUUUUCGCGUGUUUGUUCAUUGGGAUGCUGUUCUUCGUGCUUGCUUCUUUGUACUUGCCGGUGCUUCUGCUCAAAGCGAGAAAGUUCUCGGUACUUUUCACCUUCGGCAGCCUUUUCAUCAUGGGCAGCUUUUCGUUUCUCAUUGGUCCGUGGAACCAUCUUACAUCACUGGUCAAGAAAGAAACGCUCCCGUUUUCCGGAGCUUACGUCGGAACACUCAUCGCCACUCUGUACUCCGCCUUGUCAAUUCAAAGCACCAUUCUGACGGUGAUUUUCGCCUUUGCUCAAGUCAUGGCGUUGUUGUGGUUCAUCAUGCAUCACAUUCCCGGUGGCGAGACUGGCAUGAAGUUCAUGACAAAGUUGUUCUCCACGGCAGUGGUUAAGUCUCUGCCAAUUUGAAUGCCAAAAGAAUCUUGUGCCGUGUGAAGUGUCGGGAGCCUGGUUGUGUCUGCUGUUGUUUUCUGCAUUGCACGUUUGGUUUCGGGGUAGACAUUUUUUCAGUGUGGUGGGUUGAUGCAAGCAGGAUGUCCUUCGUGUCCAGUGUGAUGAUGAUGAUUUAUUGGAGAAGUUAGCGAGGUUCUCCUGGGUAGAUUUGAACGGAGCGAAGAGGUGCAUGGACUUGGACAGGCGUGUGUAUUCUUAUAAAUUUUGCGAGCUCAGAUCAGAGCGUAUUUUUUUGAAAAAGUUUGAUCGUUGCACGCAUGUUGAUGUGGAAGAUAAAAUUCCACGUUGUGAUAUUGUUA